UCUGGCAAAGAAGGGCAUGCUGAUCCUACCGGACAUCAUGGCCAACUCCGGCGGAGUGAUGGUGAGCUGCUUCGAGUGGGCUACUGGGCGUCCAAGAGGCACUUGACCUUGCCGGAUCACGCUGCCAUCGGCGUAAUCCAGGCCGGAUCUGUGGAGAGCCCGGCGCAGCACCGUCACAGAUUGAUAAGGGCCGGAGCUUCAAUGACAAAUCCACUAUAUUCAGCACAUAGCCCAACUCAGCAGGCACGAGCCAUGUCGACAGUCGGGGUGGCACUCGGGUGCAUGCUCGCCUUGACAGUCAUCAAGGUCGUAAUAGAGUCGGUGGAGGUUGUGCUCGGCGACGCUGAGAGAGAGUCUAUCAAGCAUAAGUCCAUGCUGUUGUGGCUGAAGCGACUUAUGGAUGCCGACAUGCUUGAAGAUUUUGAAGAUGAAACCUACCUCAACCUGUGGGCAGCCACGAUGAAGAAGAAUAAGAUGCCACAUAACAUGAGAUCGAUGCAAAAGCGCAUAGAAAAGAUAAAAGAGGACCGUGAGGAGCGGCAAGGUCCCGACAUCCAGGAUACAACAGGAUAUGUGGAGGAGGCAGAAAUCAUCUGGAGGACUGAUGAUUGCAUAUCUUGGAGCAGCAGUUAUUUCCCCCUCCUUUUGACUACAGUGGUUGGAGUCAGUAGGUAGUGAUUAGAGUAAGUAGGAGAGGCUGACAUUUGACAAUACGGUUCUGUGUGUGCAUUGACUGCUGGUGCUGCAGCCUGUAAUUUUUCUUGUGGAGUGGACCGAAGUAAUCCAUCAAGCUAGCUGCAUUAUUGAUUCUGUUCCUUUUGCUGGCGAGGUCUCCAACUUCGUCCUCCAGCUUGGACAACCUAGGUUGAGUGGCAAUUUUACCCCUUAUGUUUAUCACGUCUUCGGUCACGGGACCAGGGAUUCAAAGGCACGGCACAACCGUGUGGAUGAUGACAAGUACUUGCAUCAUGCGCGUCAAGAGAUGGACAAGAAUAUGCAGCGGGAGCGAGAGGUGAUGGACAAGAAUCUGAAGCAGGAGCGGGCAACCAUGGACCGCAUGAGGAAGGAGGAGCGUGCAGCCAUGAAACAGAUGAUGAAAGAGGAGCGUGCAGCCAUGGAUCAGAGGUUGAAGCAUUUCCAUGACGAUAUGGACCUAAAGUUGAAGCAGGAGCGUAAGAACUUGGAUCACGCUAUGCAGCUCGAGCGUGGCAGGAUGGAAUUCAAUAUCAUGCAGGCGCGUGCAAACAUGGACCUUAUGUUGAAGCAGGAGCGUAAUGACAUGAAUCACAAGACCAAGAUGGAGGAGAUCCGCAUGGAAGGGAAUAUAAUGCAAGACCGCGUUCUACAACUCGAGCGUGGUAAGAUGGGCUUCAAUAACAUCCAGACGCGUGUGGGCAUGGACCUUAACUUACCACAUGACCGCAAUGAUCUGGAUUACAAGGCCAAGAUGGAGGAGACCCGCAUGGAAGGAAAUACGAUACAAGACCAUGCUAAUACACGCCUGAAGGAUGACAAGGCCAAGAUGGAGGAGAUCCGCAUGAAAGAGGGUAUGAUGCAAGACCAUGCUAGUACAGGCACGAAGGAACAACAAGACAUCCCUACACCAGAGCAAUCUGUCUCAUCAGUACCUCUACAGGUAGAACAAGAGAUCUGUACACCAGAGCAAUCUAUCUCAUCCUACGUAGUUGUAAUGCAAUUUAUUGUUCAUGUGGACGAAGAACUUUCUCAUGUUCCUGAAGCAUACCACAACAAGAAACCUGGUAUGAUGACAGUACUUGAACCUGCCAAGGUGGACUGGCAGAUAAUGGUGAAAAAUUUGCGUUACCAUGGGUACAAAGGGGAAGCAGAUUUGUACUACAUCAAGCCUGGGUGCGUACCACCAAAAGGAAUGGUAAAGAUGUCAGGCCAGCAUGACGUCGAUGAAAUGUUGCACACUUUAGAAGGGAUAAAGAAAUGUCAUUUGUACAUUGUGAAGAAUUGUGCAUUCCCAAAUUAUAGCGACGAUGACAUGUCUGAACAGGACAUGUCCGAAGAAGACAUAUAUGCAUGUGGGUACAUGGAUAUCGGCGAGAGGGACAUGGGCGAAUAUGGGUCAUUGCCCAAAAGGAAGAAAAUUGCAGAUAACAAUACGAAGAAAGCAUUGGAUUUCGGCAGCAGUGAUGAGCCUCUUCAGUAGGCUUUUGGUUUUUCUACAAUUUCAAGCUUUGGAGCUGAACUAUUGUCCCAAUUAGUGUUUGCAUUAUUUUCGAUCCAACAAUAACUUCAUUCAAGUGACAAUUGUGAGACUAUGUUUACAAUAAUAGGCUUUCAACUUUGAGUUGUUGCUCAAUUUUUAGAUGAAAGGUUCCUUUGAUGCCCGCACACUUAAUUGUGACUUUUACUAUUUUUGCAUUGCAUAUGCUGCAC